UUUGGUGGUUACAGCAACGGAGAGCCAUAAAGGGGAAAAAGGCGUUUUUGUUGAUGUUGUUGACGACCACCGUCGACUACUGCUGAGAGAAGACUGACAGUUGGUUACAUCCAGUACAAGGCUCAGCUGCGGAUGCAUUUGACACAGACUAACCGGAGAAGGUCUCUGUCAGCAGCAUGGGCCAGCAUCUAGGAAAGAGGGAGUCACCCACAGACAGCAAGGCUUCGUCACCUGAACCCAAAGCAGCGCAGACGACAGCAGCAGAACCUGAAUCACAAGAUGAAGUCUUUGGCCUGGGUGAGGCAGAUGCGAACCAGAACAAUGGCUGCAUCUCGGAGAAGCCGGCGGUGACUGACUCCACGGGCGCUGAGGGCCCCCGCCAGCCCUGGCUCCCCGCCAGCACAGCUGACCCUGACGCCGCCACGCCACGCCCCCACCUGGUCCGCCUCUUCUCCCGAGAUGCCCCGGGCCGAGAGGACAACACCUUCAAAGACCGACCCUCCGAAUCGGACGAGCUGCAGACCAUCCAGGAGCACAGCGGAGCGGCUUCAGAGUGCGGGUCGGAGAGCCCCGAACAGGACCUAGAAUAGGCUAGCUUUUUUUUUCCCCUCCCUCCCUCUCUUUUCUCUUUUCCCUCCUCUGUCUUUCGGUCUCUCACUUAAGAGAGCGACAAGAACCCCACAUUUGACAAACACAAACAUACUACCAACCACUAUUACAACCAUGGCAUCUGCAAGCAGCUCUGCACAGGCCGCCUUCGGGCUGGGCCGCAGGAAGAAGAACCCCGGCCUCCUGGAUCAGAUUGGAAAGUUCUUUGGAGGUGACAAGAAGAGGAAGGGCAAGGUGAGGAAGCCGGGAGAGUCGAGGUGAAAACUCGACCCUUCUCAUGUAUCUCGGUUCAUUCUGCUGAUUCACUCCCAGAAGCUUCUGAUUUAACUGAUCUUGAGAGAAUUUGUUGCUACAUAUUUGUCAUAUAGAUUUGUGUUGGUUUUACUGUUGUUUUUAUGGUGAACCAAAGUCUGACAUUGUCCUAUGAUUCACAUUAACUGGCAAAUAGGUUAUGGAUCAUCACCGGAUAAUGACUUUGGGUGGGGUUUGUUGUAUUUUAAUUUCAUUAUAAAGAGGCUGUGAUUUUGAUUCAUUAAUGGGAGCGUUUCUAGAUUCUGUCUUUCUUUUUAUUUCAAUGCCAUUUAGUAGCAUUUCUCUCCUCAGUAAAAUUUAAUAUAUCUGUUGUAGAUGUGAUUUGCUGGAAUUGUGCAGUUGUCGCUGCCGUUACGCAGUUUGAUCGGAACAUUUGUCAAACUGGAGUUCAGAGCAGCCGUGUUUCAGUUCAGGUACUUUCCUAAAUGACGAUGAUAAUGUGAGCGACGGGGAGAUUCAUGCCCAUUAUCAUGUAGAUGUAAUACUGGUGCGUGAUGUUGGAUUUUGUAGAGGCAUUAGGUAUUCUGCAGAGAGUUCAUGCGGCUUCUUUGUGGAGAGUUAAGCCUCUUUGAUUUCUCUGUCUCUGGGGUCAUUUUGAAACAUCUGUGAGAAGUCAGCCACAGGGAGGUACUUCACUACUGUUUGCACGGUACAGCAGUCUGCUAAGUCACUUUCAAACUUAAUGAUCACGUUAUGCUAUAGAUGAUCAAAGAGAUAUAAGUAAUAAUGUAUGUUAACAUAUAAAUACAUAUUUUAGAGUAAGGGCAUAUUAUCACUCCUUGUUUGGGAACAUAUAGUCUGCAUUCUAUAAAGUAGAGCCCGCAUUGCUUUUAAUGACUUUGUACUCUCGUGUUGUCAAGAUAGCAUCAUUUUGACUAUUGCAUAAGUAUAAAAACUGAGCAGGCCUGCUCACAAAGAAAGAAAACAUUAUUGUGCUCGGCACUGCUGCCUCGGCCGUCUGAACCAGACUGCAGCACUGUUGGUUCCAGCCCUUCCUGUGGGCCACACACUCAGCGAUGCCCUCUGGAGGUGGUGAUGGAGGGGAAGUCACAGCAGCGCUGAGCAUGCAUUGAAAUCGUGCUCAUCCUGACAGCACUACUGCAACAUGCUGCAGCUAAAUCCCAAAGCCUCUUGUAAGCGCUUUCAGAGCGAGGAAACGGAACUGUUGCUCUGUGUGUUCCACCAUGAGUCACGCCGCCUCAUUUUGACAGCUCUUUAAAAAAGUGGACAUUACUGACGUUGGUUUGAAAGGAGAGCUGCGAUUAAAUCCUGUGGGCAAAAGAAAAAGAAACUCCUGUCUGACUAUAAGCUUUUUUCCUGCCCAGCUACCCCUGCAGAGCCAGUCUAUUUGGGGUAAUUGCAAAGAAAUCAGUCAGCAGCAUGAAAAUAUGCAUUCCCCCCACGCCUUAUGUCAACUUUGAAAAGGUGUUCAGUGUAAGAUUCAGGAUAAAAGCGACUUUACAUAUACUGUGUGCUGCAAAUCUUUGUUUUAGCCUGUCGUGCUGAUCAGAUAUUGUUUUGCUUUUGUAAGAUGUUGAAACGUUCAGGGAAAAUUGUCAACAGAACAAAUGGUGACGCUUUCAUUCAACAUUAGGCUAGCGACUAAUAUUCUGCAGUAUUUGUUUGAUUUAUCCUUUAUGUCAUUAAAAUUGUCCGUUGCUCUCCGUUUUGAUGACAAGUUUACGAAAACAAAGCGAUAAAAAUAUAUAUUUAUGUAUUCACCAAGGGUUUGCCUUCAAAUGAUGAGUGUUCACAUCUCAAGUGAAUGACGAACAGGUCGGCCCCACCUCCGUUGCCUCUUGCAAAAAAAAAAAAAAAUCAAUCUGCACUAAUUUCCUGCUGCAAACACUUAUUUUUCAUCAUGAAGACAGAUAUUUUUCAGCUUAAUUUCUGAUCUGCUCUGCCUGUCAAUGUGCACAGAUUCUCCACAGACGUUCUUAAUGCAGACUUUGCUGCGUUGUUAGAGGGGAAACGUGUUUUCUGUUGGAUCUUCAUUAUGCAUGCUUAUUCGUUGUUUAAGUCUAAGUUGUUUUAAUAUUCGGCAGGUAUGGAGCCAUUCACAACCUGAUCCCUUGUGCUUUUUAUGUACUUUGUCGGGUUUAUUUGCAUAAUUGUCAUUCCAAGCCUGAGCUCGGGCUUUUACAAAGUAUUAAGGCAGUUCGCGAGAGAUGUUUCAUAAGUUGUGAGACGACGCCAAAAACGACAAACUCCAGUCUCAGCACAUGAAACAACUGCAGGGAAUCUGCAUCUGAAUGCUAACAGGUUUUUGAUCAUUUCAAAUAACAGGGAUAAUGAUGUGUUAAUUGCAGGGAAAAUUACGUUUGCAUGAGCAUUAGCUAUUCACGCAGCAAUGAAGAGAAUAUUUUGAAGUCUUAAUUUGCAUAUUAAUUUGCUGAACGGCCGAUAUAAUCAGUCAUUUAAUGCAACAGUAGGAGUGAUCACUGUACGAAUCGGGCUUUUGCGGAACAGCUCACAGUCUAAACCAAAACUCUUGUGAUACUGUACUCUAACCCCAGUGUCUUGGAUGAAGAGGGGCUGUCGCCGGCCCCCCUCUCAUCAGUACGCUCACCUCAGGUUCACGUGUCUUUGACCCGGUCGAGAGUUUGUCUGAACCAGCAGUGGAUCGGGGCUGAUCCCUGAUUUGUAACGCCUUCAACUUUGCAGUGGAUAUCAAGCGUUUGUAUCUGUUGUGAAGUGCUGUGACCGUUGACCUGUUCCUAACCUGUUCCUGUUCUCAGCUUUAUGAAUUAUUGCUUGAUUAAAACUCUUUAACAACA